AUGGCGCAAGUUGACGCAGUCGGCGACGCCGCCGCCAUAGAGCAGGAGCGGGAGAUGCAGCGGCUCAACCUCGAGCGGCUCUUCACAGACACCGACGAAAUGACGGUCAUGAAGACGCUGCAAAACAUGCACCUCGCCAACUACCAGCUCGAGAACGGGAUGAAGGACGUCAUGACGCAGGAGUUGGAGCCGAUAAAGCUCUACUCCGGCAACAUGCUGGGAAUGUGCAGCCUGGUCAGGGAGGCGCAGGCCUCCCUGAACGACCUCGCUCUUCACAGCAGGACUUUCGACCUGAAGAGGCCCUCAGAGGGCGACGCAGCGAGCGAACCCGUCGCGGAAUACGACCUCAAGCAGUUCAUCGGUCGCUGCGGCGAAGUGCGAGACAAGGAUGGCGUGUUCGGCGAGGGCUCCGAAGAGGGGGAGGGCCACAACCGUGGCGACAUUAUCAUGAGGAGCGUGCACACGCUGCAGAACCUCUCGAUGGAAAACUUCCGGCUUCUCAAGAGGAAUAUGUUCCUCAAGUCGUUCAAGCUGAUCGGGAUGGCGCCGUCAUUGAUCUCGCUGGUGGAGCAGCUGGUAGAGUGCUCCGACCUCACAGGGCCAGGUGCUCCCGCAGAGACCCAAGCAGCGGGUAGGACACCAAACGUCGAGACAACGCAGGGUGGGGUAGAUAAGAGCGAUUUUGUGGCCUAUUUGGAAUCGGGGCGGCGGCAGAUCUCGGGGGCAAUGGACCCGCAACAUUUAAAGGCGAUGCUCGAAAGAAUACCGUCGAUAGUGAAGUACAACACCUCUUUACUGCUGCGCAAAUGCGAAGCGGCGCUGGGCAGCAGCAGCCUGGCGACACUGAUGGAGGCGUCGCUGUGCCUGCUCAUGCAAAAGGGGCGUUACAGCCAAGACCCUAACCGCCUAUGGACCCACAGGCUGAAGGCGUUGAAGGGCGACGCCAACAAAGCGGCUGUCGCGUGUACCGCAGGCUGUGAGUGGCUGUUGGCGCACCAACUCGCCUCCGCCAUGUACUGGCUGUUCUGCCGCAACAUGAACCCAGGCGCACUGGCGAUCCUGAAGCGUAUACUGGGCGCACCCCUGCCGGAUGAGAACGACGAGAUCUCGCCCCCAAAGCCGGCGGAGCACACCAACUUCAUGGAGGAGGCCUGUUGGAAGGAAGCUAUGGAGCUAAUAGUCGGAAACGCGAAGAAGGCGGAACUCGACGACGUUGUCGAUUUUAACCAGCGAUUGCAGGUGGUGGUUGUGGCGGUGCUAAAAUCGGUGGAGCAAAAUCAGCUGCUGCUGAGCGUGUACAGCCUCCUGGGCUUGGACCUUGGACAGGAGCUCCUCAAGGCUGCGACCGAGGUUCUCCAGAAAAUUAAGGCCGCAUGUAACGAGGCGGCCUCGGAAUCCACGCUCAAACUGGUGGCCGACAUUGAACAACGCCUGCAGGCUCACGAGGUCUGCACCGCGCAAAUCAAGGCGCUCAGCAAUUACGCGUCCAGGGGCGACAACGGCGUGGUCGACGCCUUCACCGCGCGGAUGUCGGAGGUGGUGAACAAAUGGCAGACCGACGUGCGCGAGAUGGAGGGCCCCGCAGCUGGCGAUGGAAUCCUGGGCACCUAUGGCGAGGAAGGCUCGGUGCGCCUUUGGCUCCAUAAGACGGGGCUCGGCAACCUAGUGCUGAACGCCGAGGCAAUUUGGCCCCAAAUGGAAGCUGCCGUGAGGGAGCUGUUGGAAUCCGUGGCGGCGAAAUGUGUGAUGCCCUUGGAGGGGGGUGACCGUGUGGUCAGGACGCUCGUCGGGACGGGCGCGCUAAGCUCCCAAUACAACCUGCUAGGGGCCACAGCGUUCCCCCUGUGUAUAAAAAAAGCAUGUCUACAAUAUUGGAUAUCAAAGGCGGGCGACAUCGACGAAAAAGACAAAGCUGUGCUGGUGCUCUGCUUCAGGGACGCCGGACUGGCUGAGGCCGCCAAAGACCUCGCCGAGGGCUGCGAAACACUGGCCUCGGAAUUAGGAGACGAAAAGAUUGAGGAACACGCGCAGGCGUACCAGACCGUGCGCAACCUCGUAUAG